AUCAAACGUUAGUGAGUACCUUCAUAAGAAUGCUGACAGAAUGUCUUUGCAAUUGCAAUGCUCGUCAACCAUUUCCUCCUCCCUGAAAUCCUAAUCUUUCUAUCUUCAAUCCUUCCUUCACAAAUCCCCUUCCAUCUUUCUCUUCACCCACGCCGUCUUUCUCUCAGUUCACAAUAACAAACUCGGUUUUUAGUUGUUUGAUUCAGAUUUCAAUCCAAAUUUAUCAUGGCCGAAGAAGGAGAUAAUGGGUCUCUAAAAUCUUCGCCAUUGACACCGUAUGAAGAAGCGUUGGAAGCCUUGUCAUCUUUGAUUACUAAACGCACUCGUGUUGGUGAUGUCAAUAUGGAGGAGCGAUUCAGCGUGCUAUUCGAGUACCUAAAGAUGCUUGAAUUGGAGGAGGCGAUUUCCAAUUUGAAGGUUAUCCAUGUUGCUGGCACCAAAGGGAAGGUACUUUCAUUAAUAUUCAAUCGAUGGUUGCUUUGAAAGUGAAGCCAUGUUGAAAGUUCGUGAAUGUAUUAGUAUAAUUUUUGUAGACUUCAAAGUGACUACUUUUGAAAAUUAAA